AUGAACUCUUCGGGAUCCAAGGGUCAGGCCCGACAGGGCUUCAACGGUCGGAGCGGACGCCGUGGGCGAGAGGCGUCUGCUUCGACACGGUCUCGGUGGCAGCAACGACGGAACUCUGGGUCCUCUUCCCAGUCUCGGGGACCGUCGGAACCGGGGCUGCCUCCAAACGACGCUGGCGCGUUGUCUGAGUUGAUUGCUUCUCUCAAAGACAAGCCAACCGUCGUAGGCCUACCCUCAGGCAGUACGCUUGAAGGUGUUAUCGUGUCGUAUGAUGCCGAGGGACCGCUGGCUUUCGACUUUGCUGUCGACGGUAAUCGCAGCAACAUUCGCAAGUUUUCGGCUGACGAGGCAGCGUACCUGAGCUUCACCUCCCCUCCGCCUGCUCCUGCUUCGUCUGCUCUUGCUUCGGCUCCCACUGGACCGGCUGCUUCUCUACGUGGAACGCCUCCCACUGGCCCCGCAUCGGGCGCCAGCUCAGGCUCCGCUUCUGCGGGGAAGUUUCGUACUGACGCUGCUAUUUCCGGUGCAGGGAACGUUGUCGAGCGUAAACUGCAAAAAUGGGAAGACACCGAUGUCGAUGGCUUGGCAGACUCCCUGGGCUCGUUGGACACAAUGUCCCACGAGGGCCCCUGGGAUCAAUUCGCCGUGAACAAACAGCGAUUUGGUGUGGAGUCGACUUUCGACGAACGGUACUAUACUACCGAAAUCGACAGUUCCCACCCGGAAUACGAGGAGCGUCGCCGAAAGGCCGAACGGCUGGCUAAGGAAAUCCUGAACGACCAAACCACAAAUGUCCAUCUUGCUGAGGAACGCAACCAACAGGUUGACGAUUCAGGCAUCGAUGAAGAAGACAAGUACUCUGGUGUUGAUCGUGGUAAUGGCACUUUCAUAAGCAAGGAAGCCAGGGCGGCUGAGGCAAACCCUCAGUACUACGACCGGGAACGUGCCGAUAGGCAAAGCGAUUUGGCUCAGUUCAACCAGGCCUAUCAGCUUCGUGGGUCUCCCCAGCCUGGUCCUAUUCCACCUGGCAUGGUCCCUCCAAUGAUGAUGCCUGUGGGAAUCCCGCCUCCGAUAGUUGGUUCGCCCGGACCCGGCAUGGCUCCGCCAUCCAUUUCGCCCUCCCCGCCGGCCAAAAAGAAGUCUUCCAAGCCGUUCAGUUUUGCUUCGGCAGCAAAGGCGUCGUCUUUCAAGCCGAUUUCGGGUGCAGCCAAACAGCCAAGCUUGUCUCCAGUUGCGCCAGGAACAUCGAUCCCUAUUCCCAAAUCUUCUCCCACGCCCCCUGUUGCCAAACCUCGUAGAACCCUUGAUGGUGCGUUCGAGUACUUUGACCACUACAAGUCAAAGAAUGAGGAGCCUGCCCGCCCCUUCACCACUCCGCCAUCUUGGGACUCGCAUUCUGGCCCCAGCUACAAGGACCAAUUUUCGGUGAUGGCUAUGCCAAUGGCCGUGCCAACAGUUCCCUACGGGUUCUAUCCGGGUUAUAUGCCGCCACCUAUGUUUGUGUACGACAAAUAA